GUGUCCAGGACCUGGCUGCCUAACGACCCACGCGCAUGCGUGCUGUGCGGCUCCGACUCCGAAGCGGAGACUAUGGCGGCCUCUAGGGUCCCAUUAGAUUUGUCCCUCCGAGAAGCCACUCAAAGAAAAUUACGGAAGUUUGCAGAACUGAGAGGCAAACCUGUGGGAGCUGGGGAAUUCUGGGACAUAGUUGUACUAACAGCUGCUGAUGAAAAGCAGGAACUUGCUUAUAGGCAACAGCUAUCAGAAAAACUGAAGAGAAAGGAAUUACCCCUUGGAGUUCAAUAUCAUGUUUUCGUUGAUCCUGCUGGAGCCAAAAUUGGUAAUGGAGGAUCAACACUUUGUGCUCUUCGAUGUUUGGAAAAGCUAUAUGAAGAUAAAUGGAAUUCUUUUACUAUACUAUUAAUUCACUCUGGUGGCUACAGUCAGCGCCUUCCAAAUGCAAGUGCUCUGGGGAAAAUUUUUACUGCUUUACCAUUUGGUAACCCAAUUUAUCAGAUGUUAGAAUUAAAACUAGCCAUGUACAUUGAUUUCCCCUCACAUAUGAAUCCUGGAAUUGUGGUUACCUGUGCGGAUGAUAUUGAACUAUAUAGUAUUGGAGAAUUUGAUUAUAUUAGAUUUGACAAACCUGGCUUCACUGCAUUAGCUCAUCCUUCUAGUUUGACUGUAGGUACCACACAUGGAGUAUUCAUCUUAGAUCCUUUUAACGAGUCAAAACAUAGAGAUCUUGAAUAUAGGUGUUGCCACCGUUUCCUUCAUAAGCCCAGUGUAGAAAAUAUGCAUCAACUUUGUGCUGUGUGUAGACCUAGAAAUUUGUGUCCACAGGACUUUGCAAGAGGAGAUGCUGCCUAUCCUCACUUAGAUUCUGAAUAUGUCUACACUGAUAGCCUAUUUUACAUGGAUCAUAAAUCUGCAAAAAAGUUACUUGAUUUUUAUGAAGAAAUAGGCACACUGAACUGUGAAGUAGAUGCCUAUGGUGACUUUCUGCAGGCACUGGGACCCGGAGCAACUGUGGAGUACACCAGGAACACGUCAAAUGUCACUAAAGAAGAAUCAGAGUUGCUAGAUAUAAGGGAGAGAAUAUUUCAUCUUCUUAAAGGAACAUCACUAAAUGUUGUUGUUCUUAAUAACUCCAAGUUUUAUCACAUCGGGACAACUGAAGAGUAUUUGUUCCAUUUUACUUCAGAUAGCAGUUUAAAGUUAGAGCUCAGUUUACAGUCAGUAGCUUUUAGUAUCCUUUCAUAUACUCCAAAAUGUUCUGGUAGGACAUCCUGUAUCAUUCACAGUAUACUGGGUUCAGGAUGUUGUGUGGCACCUGGCUCAGUUGUAGAGUACACCAGAUUGGGGCCAGAUGUGUCCAUUGGAGAAAACUGCAUUAUUAGCAAUUCUCACAUCAUUUCCAAUGCUGUCGUGCCUGCAUAUUCUUUUCUGUGUUCCUUAAGUUUGAAGAUAAAUGGACACUUGAAGUAUUCAACUAUGGCAUUUGGAGUCCAAGACAACUUAAAAAACAAAAUUAAGACAUUAUUACAUACACAGUUACUUCAGUUCCUUGGAGUCAGUCUUCGAUCAUGCCUAGAUAUUUGGAAUCUCAAAGUUACAGAGGAGCUGUUCUCAGGAAGCAAGGCACAAUUCAGUUUGUGGACUGCUCGCAUUUUCCCAGUUUGUUCUUCUCUGAGUGAAUCAGUUACAACAUCUCUGAAGAUGUUAAAUGCUAUAAAGAGCAAUUCAUCAUUCAAUCUGAGUAGCUACCAGCUGGUAUCCAUUGAAGAAAUGAUCAUCUACAAAGAUGUAGAAGACAUGAUAGCUUUUAGGGAGAAAAUUUUUCUAGAAAUUAGUUUAAUUAAAAAUAAAUCUCAUUUAGCAAUAUCUUAAAUAUUGUAUAUAUUAUAGAUGCCUUAAAUAUUAUAUAUUUUGUAUACUUACAAGAUUCCAAAAACAGCAUUUCCUGUAGAUCUUAUUUCAGUAAAGCAAAUAAUGACUUAAUAUAAUUACUGCAGUGUAAUAUUAACAAAAAAUUACAAAUAAAUUGCCUUUUGAUGGAAGUCUUUCAAGACAAAGAAAAGGGAUACUCCUCAAUGUGUUUCACUAUUUUAAUUUUCUGUUUAAUAAGGAUGAAUUUGUGGAGCACUGUUUUGUUCAUCUAAUAAAUGUUAGACUUUCUAAAUGUAGUCCUAUUAUUUAUACUAAUAAAAUGUUUAGGGUCUUUCAGGUAGUUUAAGAAUACUUUUUUUCAGAGACAAAUCCAUAGAUGACAAAUCAGAUUAAAUUAAUGUCCAAUAUAUUUUUAUUUUUAUGGUUUAGUAGAUACAGAGAGCUCUAAAACUGGUAAUUAUUUGCAUCUCAUUUAAUCAUCUUAUCAAAAUGAAACACAAUAUAUGUAUUUUAUCUGUACACUUUAACAUGUUCAUGUAUCUUACCAAUUUUCUUAAAUGUUCCAUUUCACAAUAAAAGAUCUGUGUGUGUGUGUGUGCA